AGUAGAGUCCCAUCUAAUAUAAGUAUCCAGUUGUCACCUUCUCAUUUUGUAGUCAGUCGCCUUCAUUUUCCAAUUCCAAUUUCGUUGAUAGCACGUACACGAGUCCAAAUUCGAUGAAUAAAAUGGAUUCCAGCGAAGUAACCCCCAUGGACGUCGUUGUCAUCAGCAGUGACGACGAAUCCCCGCAGCAGAAACCCCAUAAGUCAAAGACAUUGUCUGAACUUGCAGAAGAACGUUGUCUGGAUUCUUUGUCGGCUGCCGUCGAGGGCUACCAGUCUACAGCCAAUUACUGCUGUGGUGGUAGUCUUCCCAUCACGAUACCAUCCAUAGCCCAGCCCCUGUACGUUAGCUCAAAGAAGUUGGACCCCAACAAGACUCAGAACACCAUCGCUCUUCGAUGGGAUGUAUCACAAGACCAAGGCUCUGCGCGAAAGGUUGAAUUUCCUUUGGUCCAUUCGGACAGUCAGAUCCUGGCUCAAACCAUGUUCGAAGAACUUCUGAAGACGUGCGCCCCAGCUACUUUUGGACGCAACAAUGAGGACAUCCUGGAUGAAAGCUACCGAAAGGCUGGAAAGCUUGAUCGAGAGCAGUUCUCUAUUAAUUUUCAUCCUCAUGAUUACGGAAUUGUCGAUGCCAUUGCCCAGACCCUGUUGCCCCAGAUUGACGGAGCCUUUCUCAAGGAGAGAGUCGAGCAUCGUGGUUUGCUGGCUGAGCUGUACAAAGUGAACAUCUAUUCUGGACCAUCGGGGAAAUUCCGCGGUCAUGUCGACACUCCGAGAGGCCCAACUCAGUUCGGCUCGCUCGUGGUAUGUCUUCCGCAUCCACACGAAGGUGGCCAGCUCCGCGUCUCCCACAAGGGUCACUCCUCAUUCUUCGACUGGAGCAACACCGAUAGUCACGACAUCCAAUGGGCAGCCUUCUAUAGUGACUGUGAGCACGAAGUUUUUGAAGUGAAGAGCGGUCAUAGGAUUACUCUCACCUACAAUCUGUAUAUCACUGAGCAAGUCGGCGGCGUUUUGAGACGCAACCCUACUAUCGACCCAUCCCUUUUCCCAUUGUAUGAGGGAGCGAAGCAAAUGUUGUCUCAACCAAACUUCAUGAAUAAAGGUGGCAACCUCGGUUUCUAUUGUGCCUACAAAUACGCCCAUCACAGCUCCCGAGCCCACGCUCUGAUGUCAUGGGCGCUAAAGGGUGUGGAUGUUGCAAUCUACAGUGUGUUCAGCUCCCUUGGCCUGGAUGUCCGUGUCGGUCCAAUUCUCGAAAAUAACCGCCAGCUUGAGAACCUUGAAGAACAGCAAGUCGAUGAAUACUACGCUUCUGCAGACUACGAUUCGGACUCACCAGAUUACGAAAGGAAGAUUAGAGUAGGAGCUACUUUUCACAAGGUUGUUCUUGAUGCCGAUGGUGGCUAUGAUAUAGCUUACGAUAAGGUUGAGAAGAAUCUCCAUAAAAUAUGGCCCCACGACGAAUACAAAGAUGUAACGUGGCUCAACACGGCCCGUGAAGAGGAAGUGGCUAUGGUGAGUAUCGCCUAUGGCAACGAAGCAGAGCUUGAUUGGUGCUAUUCUCACGCCGCCAUUCUGGUUACCGUGCCUGCUCACAAAGACCGAGAUCAUGAGGCAAAGAAGAACAUGGAGGCUCCUGCUGUGCCAAGUCUCAUUGAUGUUGCCACAUUUUAGACGAGGGGGGCUUUCAACGCCCUUCUCUAACCAGCAGAGGAACAGGUUUAGGAGCGCUAUUUUCUUCUUCGAAACUGUGAGAUUUAGAGUAUUGUUAUUCACCACGAUCAAGAAAUAUACUUAUCAUUCACCGUCUG